UCGAAAACCAACAGUCCUCGACUUUGGAGGAUUACACCCAGUAUGCGGAUUGCGCCCUUCUUUGAACUGCCGCCACCAUGUACGUGAGCUACCUGUUGGAUAAGGAAAUCAGCAUGUAUCAAGGUUCGGUACGACACACGGGCCUUAACCUGGGAGCACAGAAUUUUGUAGGACCACCGCAAUACUCGGACUAUGGAGGAUACCAUCCUCAUCAUCAUCACGGACUUGACAACACAGUAACCCCAUCGGGAUCGUGGCCAGCAGCUGCUGCUUACGGACCAACCCGGGAUGAGUGGACCUCAUAUACAGCCGCUUCGGCCACUCAUCACCACUCUGUGCAUCCUGGACUUGGCAACAGCUCGCCAGCCCCAAUUGUCUACGGUCAUGCUGACUACAACCCUUUGCCAUGCACCCCUGGUCAUGGAGUUAUCCAGGCUCUCAGCAGUACGAGUAGUAAUAGCAGUAGCAGCGCAAUCCCUGCUGAGCCCAUCUCACCUGGCAUCAGAAGACAUCCCUACGAGUGGAUGAGGAAGGCAACCCAGCCUCUUGCCUCUUCAUCCUCGUGUUCCUCCUCAGGAAAGACAAGAACAAAGGACAAGUACCGAGUUGUGUACAGUGAUCAUCAGAGGCUGGAGCUAGAAAAGGAAUUUCAUUCCAGCAGGUAUAUCACCAUCAGAAGGAAAGCAGAGUUGGCGGUUUCUUUGGGGCUCUCUGAAAGGCAGGUAAAAAUAUGGUUUCAAAACAGAAGAGCAAAAGAAAGGAAGAUGAACAAGAAGAAAUUACAACAGUCUCAAUCUGGCCAAAUACACAGUGGUUCAGACCAGAUGAGUCCACUGUCUUCUCUGGGUUCAGUGCCUUUAGUCCCUAUUAGCAAUGGUGGAAUCCUUGAAUCCAGUUCUGGAAGUUUACAGGCACAUAUUCCACAAUGAAGUGUAG